AUGUCUGAAUACGAUCUUCAGUUCCAAGCCGAUCUAGAAAAGGCUCAGGCACUUAGUUUAGAAAGUUUGGCAUUGGAACAAUUUCGAAGGCAGAAGCAAAUAUCUAGUUCAGAUAAUGUACGCGAUACGGGCAAUGCUAGUGUUCGCCGACGAGAAGAUUGUGACGGUCCGCCGCCCGCUCUGCCGCCGCCUCCGCGAAAGCCACCGCGGCGUAGUUCCAACUCGGAGAGCUCUAGGUCAACAGGAACUAGUCCUACAAGAAAUACAAGUGGUGAAGUAAAUCUCAUAUCUUUUGCUAGCCCCACAAGUAAGACACCGACAAACGACUCUCAUGCCUUCCUCAAAGAAUAUAUUGAGCAAAUGAGCAAAUUGGGUCAACAGACUGAGGAGAUCACAUUAAACACCCCAGAACCAACAACAAUGAAUAACCAGUACAAUCAAAGGCCGGGUUAUCCAUACAAUGCCCAAUAUUACUACAAUCAACCUCCACCUUAUCCAGGCUUGCCUUACCCACCUUCCACACCAUACGGAAUGCCUGCACCUACAGGAGCAGUUCCGAAUUAUGGCUAUUACCCCCCAAUACCAAGUCACGAUCAACAGACAUAUGUAGCCACUAACCCGUCAAUGUAUUCACCAACGGUACCUUACACACAAACGAGGAUGGCCACACCUACCCCCUAUGUAGGAUAUCCCCCUCAAAACAUUCAAACACCACCAACAUAUAAUUACAAUACAACCAAUCUAAUAACGAGACCUACAAGACCUUUGUACCCUCAAUUAAAUCAAAUACACACAUAUCCGCCAUUACCAUCGAAGUCAACGCAAAAUCAGAAUGUGAAUAACAAUAACAAUAGUAAUAAUAAUGUUAACCCUCCACCGGUCGUGAAGAGUGAUUCCAUAAGAGACAGCAUGGAUAGUAACACAUCGCAGAAAUCUUCAGAAUCAAACGAGUCAAACGAUACAGUGGAAAGCUUGCCAAAGUCGGAGAAUCUAAUCGACUUCGGGCGGAAGUCUAGCAGCGGUCAAGGUAGCGUAAGAGUCAGUGUGUUAGAGGCGUUUGAUCCGCUACUAACAGAACAAAAUCAUUCGGACUAUGCGGUACCAAGCGAGGGCUCAGGUAGCGUGUACGAAGAGUACGACCCCCUGGACUUUCUGUACGGCGAGACAGAGCUCCGCGAUGCGCCCGUGUACGCGACAAUCAGCAAGCGAGACACCACGAUGGUGCCGUCUCCGCCCCCCAAGAACAUACCAAGCGUGCCUGCCGUCGCUAAGAGACCUACUACGAAUAAACUAUAUGAUUGUAUAGUCAAAACCCGCAUCAAGAAUUACGACAGUGAGCACAAAGCGUUUUUAAAAAUGGUUCUUGAUGUAAGAAAAAAGUUCACGUACACAGACGAACAAACAAACCCCGGCCACGUGGUCGCGGCGCGCUCGGGCGGGAGGUAUCCACCUAACACUAGCAUUAAGAUUCUAGUCUACAACUCCCAUACUGACGAGCCAAUCACAUUCACAUCUGAUGUGGAAUCGACCGUGGAACACGUGAUAUUAACAGUGGUGUGUUCUCUCGAUGAAGAUAUGAGAGAAGAUAUGUUCAAAUAUAUGUUAAGGGUAUGGGGAGCAAAAGAAUAUUUAACACCCGGCAGUUCACUAAGCGAAUACGAUUAUAUUCGCGAGUGCGUGCGUUUAGAGAAGGACGUCCGCCUGUGCCUCAGCGAGGGCGACGCGGCGCUGGCGAGGACCGAGCGGGACGACGCGCGGGACUCGCACCUCACUCUGGAUGACCUGAUACCGUCCCAGGGCUCCCUACCGAUGUUGUCGUUCGAUAACUUAUCCAUUUUGCUCGAGACGCUGGAGGGCGAGCUGUCGCGCGCGGUGGGCGUGGUGGGCGCGGAGGGCGCGGCGCCGCCCAGCGCCGUGUUCCAGGCGGUGAAGGCCAUCUGCGCGCUCGCCGGCGGCGUGGAGACGCUGCACGUCACGCACACGCUCAACGCGUUCGCCAAGGCCUGCACUGCCCAGGUAACAACGGCGGUGCGGCCCGAGAUCCAGUCGGAGAGCGGGCCGUACUGCGCGGUGUCGCUGCGCGCCGCCAGCGCGCGCGAGGCGCUGGCGCUGCAGUGCGCGCGCGUGCGCGACGCCGUGCGCGCGCUGCUCGCGCUCUACACGCGCGCGCGCCUGCUCGACUUCCACAUGGCGGAGCCGUCCAUUGUUGCGACGGACCCUGCUAAAGCGGUGCCAGCGCGCACGGUGCCGGAGACGAUGCUGUUCUGCAUCGAGGCGGUGCACCGCCUGCCGCUGUGCUGGGCGCACGACGAGUACCUGUUCCACGCGCAGGUGUACUACGGCACGCGCCCGCUGAAGGUGCUGCACCUCACGCAUAUAUCCAAGAUCGAGUGUGCCGGCUUCUAUCCGAGGAUUAUAUUUGAUACUUGGCUGAAUUUGGAAGAUGUACCAGUCAACACCCUGCCUCGUGAAUCUCGUCUAGUAUUAACAUUUUAUGGACGUACACAAAGAACAGAUGAACAACUUCUAGCAGAAGCCCAACAGAACAACAAAGAAGGAGAAGAGAGUAGGGAUGUACAGUUCGAGCAAGUUGAGCUGGGAUGGGCGGCAAUACAAUUGUUCGACUACGAUGGUAUGCUAGCGUCGGGGCACUACGUGCUGCCGCUGUGGCCGGCGUGCUGCGACCGCCGCAUCGGGCCCGCGCCGCACCCGCUGCACGCGCCGCCGCAGCCCUACCCUGUCGUCAAUAUUGAAAUUCCUAUAUACACCCGUACCGGCGUUAAAUGGACGAGUGGCGAGGAAGACAAACAGAAGCUACCUCCAGAAGAUUUACCCAAAUUUGACUCUUUAGAUGGUCAUACACAAUCGCAGCUUUUGCAUUUAAUAGAACAAGGAGCGUAUCAGAGAAUGCCAACUGAGGGUCGAGAGAUCCUAUGGGAGAAACGUCAGUAUCUAGUGGAGUUGCCGGGCGCGCUGCCGCUGGUGCUGCUGGCGGCCACCACGUGGAGCGGCGAGCAGCGCGAGCAGCUGGCCGCGCUCAUACAGCGCUGGGAGCGCCCCACGCCGCUCAACUCCAUGCAUUUACUGCUGCCCUGCUUUCCAGACGCAGCAGUUCGUAAAUUGGCAGCAGAUUUAGCGAACGGAAUGUCGGAUGACGAUUUGAUACGAUUGUUGCCGCAACUCACACAAGCGCUUCGGUAUGAAACUUAUGAAGCCAGCCCUCUAGCCGAAUUAUUGUUAUCGCGCGCCCUAUCAGCACCUGCGGUAGCGCACAAAUUGUUUUGGCUCCUAGUCCAUUCUCUGCCUAAUGUACCACAGGCCCCAAACCAAGAGUUCCUAGGCAUAAACCUAGACGAGAGUGGUGGGGAGUGUGUCGAACUAGACGCGUGUAUGACCGCGACGUGGCGUCACCGCCUGCUGCUGCGCGCGCUGCUCGCGGUCGCCGGGGAGAACCUCGCGAAGACGCUACUGAGGCAGCAGCUGUUGGUUAAGACGGUGGCCGACGUGGCGAUGUCGGUGAAGUGCGCGAAGGAGGCGCAGCGGCCGCGCGCGCUGUGCGCCGGCGGCGAGCAGCUGGCCGCGCUGCUGCGCCGCCAGCCCGCCGCGCUGCCCUUCGCGCUGCACCGCUACGUGCACGACAUCGACGUCAAAUCCUGCUCAUAUUUCUCAUCGAACACGUUGCCUUUGAAAAUCAAUUUCAUUGGUGUUGACAACGCAGUUAUACCAGCCAUGUUCAAAGUGGGAGAUGAUUUAAGGCAAGACUCCUUAGUGCUACAAGUUAUUAAAGUAAUGGAUAGUCUGUGGCUUAAGGCGGGCCUUGAUUUGAGAAUGGUGACCUUCCAGGCUUUACCGACUAGCAGUAAAAGAGGUAUGAUAGAGAUCGUAUCAGAAGCGGAAACUCUCCGGGCGAUACAAACAGAGUGGGGUCUGACUGGCUCCUUCAAAGACAAGCCCAUAGCGGAGUGGUUGGCCAAGCACAACCCCUCUGAACUGGAGUAUCAGCGUGCUAGAGAUAAUUUCACUGCGUCAUGCGCGGGCUACAGCGUGGCUACAUAUCUCUUAGGGAUCUGCGACCGACACAACGACAAUAUCAUGUUAAAGACCUCCGGCCAUCUCUUCCAUAUAGACUUUGGAAAGUUUCUGGGUGAUGCGCAGAUGUUUGGCAACUUUAAGAGAGACCGAGCGCCGUUCGUGCUGACGCACGACAUGGUGUACGUGAUCAACGGCGGCGAGCGCCCCACGCAGCGCUUCCAGCACUUCGUGGAGCUCUGCUGCAUGGCCUUCAACAUCGUGAGGGCGCACCACGACCACAUACUCGACCUGUUCGCUUUGAUGGCGAUGUCGGGCGUGGCGGGCGUGUCGAGCGCGGCCGUGGCGUACGUGCGCGCCGCGCUGCUGCCCGCCGCCUCCAACGCCGAGGCCGCCGCCGCCUUCGCCAGGCUCAUACACUCCUCGCUCAAGAGCAAGUUCACGCCCAUAAACUUCUUCCUUCACAAUCUGGCACAGCUAAGAGCGAGCGGGGACCAGAGCAACAACACGUCUGAAUUAUUAUCCUUCAUGUCCAGGACUUAUACUAUGGCUCAAGAAGGUCGACUAGUACGAGUGGAAUGCUUAAGUUACGAAAAGCGUUACGACCCAGAAAAGCACUACGUGUACGCGUUGAAAGUGUACAGGCAAGGACAAGCCACGCCCUCAGUACUCUACCGCUCGUACAAACACUUCACCGAGCUCUACCAGAAGAUCUGCUUGCAUUUUCCUUUGGCCAAAGUUCACAGG